ACCUCUGGAGGCGAACCCACUACACGUGGGUGUAGUGAACACACAUUUACAGUCUGUAUAGACAACAGAAAGUGUGCUUUUAUUUCAGUCAUUCAUUCAAUCAUUUGAUUUUCAAAGUCUUUUUCAAUCAACAAAAAAGACUGAUUCAAUUGCCCCGCGCUUUGAACCCGACGGACAUCCGACCACACAUUCAACAAUCAUGUAUCAAAUGGGAGGAAUGGGAGGCAUGGGAGGCGCCCCUCAAAUACUUGUGUUAGGCCAGAAUAUGAAACGCGAAUUUGGCCGCAAAGUCCAAUUGGAGAACAUCCGGGCGGCCAAAGCCAUUGCCGACGUUAUCCGUACCUGUUUGGGACCGCGAGCUAUGCUUAAGAUGUUAAUGAAUCCAAUGGGCAGUAUUGUGAUGACCAACGACGGCAAUGCCAUACUGCGCGAGAUAACCGUCAAACAUCCGGCGGCCAAAACAAUGAUCGAAAUUAGCCGCACUCAGGACGAAGAAGUUGGCGACGGAACCACUUCGGUAAUCAUAUUGGCCGGCGAACUGUUGACAGUUGCCCAACCUUUUCUCGAACAAAACAUUCAUCCGACUGUCAUCAUCAGUGCCUACAGACAGGCCUUAGAAGAUAUACUGAAUAUUUUGAAGGAAACCGCGCGACCAAUAAAUAUCAAUAAUGACAACGAAGUCGUCGACUUAAUCAAGAGUUGUAUCGGAACCAAGAUUUUCGGCAAAAUGGGUGAGUUUGCCUGCAAUUUGGCACUGAAUGCGGUCAAAACGGUUACCGUCGAAGAGAAUGGUAAAAAAGAGAUUGAUAUCAAAAGGUACGCCAAAGUGGAGAAAGUACCGGGAGGUAUGAUCGAAGAAUCACGAGUUCUGACCGGUAUUAUGCUUAACAAGGAUGUGGUCCACUCAAAGAUGAGAAGACGUAUUGAAAAUCCAAGAAUUUUGUUACUCGACAGCGGUUUGGAGUACAAGAAGGGCGAGAGUCAGACCGAUAUCGAGAUAUCCAAAGACCAAGAUUUUAAUCGUUUGCUUCAAAUCGAAGAAGAAUUCGUCCAAAAGAUGUGUUCGGAUAUUAUUAAGUUUAAACCCGAUUUGGUUAUCACCGAAAAAGGUGUUUCCGAUUUGGCCCAACACUACUUAGUAAAGGCAGACAUAUCGGUGCUCAGGCGUGUGAAGAAAACCGAAAACAAUCGCAUUGCAAAGGCUACCGGAGCUACAAUUGUUAACAGACCAGAUGAGAUCCGUGAGGAAGACAUUGGACUACAGGCCGGUCUGUUUGAAGUCCAGAAGAUUGGUGACGAGUAUUUUACUUUUAUUGUCGACUGUAAGAACCCGAAGGCAUGUACCAUACUAUUACGCGGCGCUUCCAAAGAUAUGUUGAACGAAUUGGAACGCAAUCUUCAGGACGCCAUGUAUGUCGCCCGCAAUAUCUAUAAGGAUCCGUUUAUAUUGACCGGUGGAGGUGCCGUUGAGAUGGCAGUGGGAAAGAUAUUGAACGAAAAGGCCAAAUCGAUAACAGGCGUUCAUCAGUGGCCAUACAAAGCAAUACCGAAAGCGUUGGAAGUGAUUCCGCGAACACUGAUACAAAACUGUGGCGGCGAUACCAUCCGAACGUUGACAGCUUUGCGGGCCAAACACGCGACCACUGCGGCUGACAACAAGUCGUGGGGUAUCGAUGGCGAAACUGGACAACUGAGUGAUAUCUCGCAGCUGGGCGUUUGGGAACCGCUUUCGGUUAAAUCGCAGGUUUACAAGACAGCUGUCGAGACUGCUAUUCUUCUGUUGCGAAUCGAUGACAUUGUUUCGGGAUCGAAGAAGGCGUCAGAUUUGGAAAAAGAGAAACGUAUGGAUCAGGUGAAGACUGCUGAGCCAACCGAAGAGUCGACUAAAGACUGAUUUGAUUUAUUUAAUUUAAUAAUAAUUUUUAUUCACAAUAAUCUUGAUUUUUGUUUCUUUAUAUCUUCUAAUUAAAUGUGUAUUUUAUAAACUAUG